AUCAGAAUUCAGCAACUUCGUAUUCGGGAAUAAGUUAAUUUUUUGCGCUAAGCGCUGUUGUCUGGUUCUGGACAUGUUAAUUUGCAGUUUUAUGAUCUCGGAUUUCGGUUUAAUACAGUGUUGCUUAUAGGAUAACGUGCUAGAAAAUCAAAUUUGAGAUUGAUUUUGCACAUUUUGCAGAUGUAUAGUAAAAUGAAUGGAUAUCCAUCAACAUUUAGGUCAAGCGGUGGUCGGCUAUGGGGAAUGUCGCACUCUCUUCCGUCAGGAAUGUCAAACUAUGCGUGCGGACAGGACUCCGAUUUUAAUUAUACUCCACGGCCGCGGAUUCACGAAAUGACAUCCAGCAACACAUUUGGCAAUACGUCACAUAUGUCAUCUUCUAGCACAAAUUUAGUAUCAGCAUUUAAUUCUGGCUCCGGUGGUAAUUACAGUGGAACAAACCUUAUAGUUAACUACUUGCCGCAGGACAUGACCGAACGUGAACUUUAUUCCUUGUUUUCAACCAUGGGUGCUAUCGAAAGUUGUCGAGUCAUGAGGGAUUUGAAGACAGGUUACAGUUAUGGAUUUGGUUUCAUAAAUUUUCUCACCGAAGAAACAGCACAACGCGCUAUUAGGUGUUUAAAUGGUUACACAGUACGAAACAAGCGACUCAAGGUUUCAUAUGCACGACCACAAAGCGAAGAAAUUAAAGAAACAAAUCUCUACAUCACAAAUCUACCAAGGACGAUAACUGAUGAACAGUUAGACAUUAUAUUUGGUAAAUAUGGUACUAUAGUGCAAAAAAACAUCCUGAGAGAUAAACUGACUGGGCAUCCAAGAGGUGUAGCAUUUGUACGGUUCAAUAAGCGAGAGGAAGCACAAGAAGCGAUAUCGGCUUUAAACAAUGUAAUACCACAGGGUGGCACACAACCCCUGAACGUCCGGGUUGCUGAAGACCAUGGUCGAGCCAAGGCAGCGCUCUACGUUCCUUCGUAUAACUCAGUCGUACACAAUAAUCGAGCUAUUCCCCCACGACAAAGCUCGACGAAAAAUCACGAAACAAGUGGGCACUUGAAAUCCCAUUACUCGUUGAUAUUUUACUAGCCAUUCACUAACGGUAUGAAACUCCAAGAAAUAUCAGCAUUUGAAUUUUCAGGUGGUAUUAACUAGGUAUUACUUAUGUUGGCUAUAGUUGCAAAAUAAAACCAUUAAAUUUAUGAUCCUUCUAUUACUUCACUAUAUCGAAACCAGUUUAAAAACACUUUUCAGAAUACAAUGUAUAGGAAUUAGUACCACCCAUUCUGCUUAAAAGUUUCAAAGAUUUUUAAAUUGCUAUAUGUAGAGCCAUAAACCAAAAAAUUCCAUUGCUUGGUGUAGCUGUAAGAUUUUUGGAAGCCAAAUUAGGUUUCUCCGACUAAAUUAUUAAUGUGCAAUGAUUUCUAGUUAAACUGUUUACUUUUAGAGAAUAAGAUAACUUUGUAAACAAACUAAUCAAUAAGACUUUCCUUGUGCCCUGUAUUAGAUUGUAAAUAAUCGUAAUAUCUUUACCAGCAGGCGGCUGAAAAUGGUUGCACUACAUAUUCAUCUCAAGAGAAAAUGUUGAGAUUUGGAAAUCCCGAACUUUUUUGUUACAAAUAUUACUGAUUGCAAGAGUAAUUUUACAUUCAAGUGCACAAUCGCUCAUAAAACUGCUAGGGUAAGAGCACUAUAAUUCGACCUAUAAAACCAACAUAUGGCCAACACAUUACAAUAUAUCGUUCAAAUAGCGCUGUUUUUUCGAGAAUAUGAUAGAAUAGUAGGAAACGAUGUAUAUUCAGUUAACAUUUAAAAGGAAAUAAGUGUGCGAUAUAUAUUUUUUACUCAUUUUCUCGUUUCAAUUCAAUAUCCCAUUGGGCUAAUUUUCGACCCCUUGUUUUAGUUUUCGACCCUUGCGUGUUCUAAUAUUCGACCCAAGUACAAAGUAAUGUAUUUUCAAAGUUGAGGGUCUUUUAAAUUGAUGAAUUUAAAGCAAAAAAUAACUGCAACAUUUCUGUAAUAUC